AUGUCCCAUGGCCCCUGCAAGGGCGGCGGCGGCGGCGGGCAGGGCACCCCUCCUCCGUGGCGCGGCGGCGGCUCCCAGGGCUGGCAGCGGCAGGACUGGAGCUACUACGACUACGGAGGCGCCCAGUGGUCUGGCGGCAAGGGCUACGGCACGGCUGGCAGGAGCGACUGCUGGAAGUGCGUGGCAUGCGGAUGCGGCAAGACCACCGUCUGGGCGACUCACUGCAAGCACUGCGGUGACCAAGCCACAGCUGCCAAGUACCAGGGCCAGCUGGACCCCAUGGCUGCGGCCGCAAAGCCGCCGCCAAAGGCCCUGCAGGACCAGGUCAGCGACCUGCAUCACCGCAUCAAGCUGCUCGACGGCAGGCUCGAGGCCGAACUGGCGAAGCUGGCGCGAUGGCAGGAUGGCAUCAGGGCUCAGGAGAUACUCAUCCAUGAUUUGUCGAAGCAAUCUGAGGCCAUGGUCACAGAACAUCGGCAACUGGUUGCACAGCUACACAAUGCAGUGGUUCCUCCCUCGGCCGACACCGAGCCCACGCCUGGGCCCACCUUGUCACUUCGAGACCUCGUGGACGGGCGAGUAUCCAACAUCGUCAUCGACGACGGGGGCCUCUUCUCAGUCGAUGCUGACGGCAUUGAGGACUCAGAUCUACAAGAGGUGGAACGGCGUCGGGCAGAUUUCAAGGAGCGUAUCGGCAAGGCAGCCAAGGCCCUCUUCGCCGAAGCGAUGGAGCGUGCGGCAGUCGCCAAAGCCGAGCACGACGGGCACCUCAAGCGCAUGGCCACCAAGCGCAGGAAGGGCUGCGAUGGAGCCGCGUCGGCUGGAGGCGGAGCUCGUGAAGGGGGCGCUGAAGCAGCUGAGUCACAUGCUGGCGGCGCCUGUGGCAGCGGCGACGCGACGACCAGCGACGUCAGUCAGCCCGCCGCCCAAGUCAGCCGAGUUCGUGAACAGGCGGCACGCGUUGCUGAGCGAGCUCAGCAGCAGCAGGCGGCGACUGAUAGCAUCGGCACGGGUGAGCGGCACAGCGAGCAGCACAAUCAGAGCCCCCCUGACGGUCAGCAGCAGGCCUGA